GAAGACUGGAACAAAAAAAACUUUCUUUGUAAUCAGUUGAUGUUGAAUCAAAAAUAAAUAAAUAAAUAAAUACCAAAGCAACAGCCAGGAAUCGGACAAGAAUUCGAAUAAGUGGCGGGAUGGUUACAGGGCUGGAGAGAGUAGUGCAGGAUUUCGAAAAUGAGGCACAGAAGGCAAAUAACACGAUAGCUGCUGUGGAGUGGAGAUUGGCAGAAAUUGCAAGACCGCGUCUUGGCACGUGUGAUGUAAAUGUGAGAACAUUUGCCGAAAUAUCUCAACUGAAAAAGGAGAGAACUGAUUUAGCUACACGUAAACACAACUUAGAUGAUGCGCAAAAUAAGAUCCAAGACAGUGUUUUAGCUAUCAGUCAGAAAGUAAAGAGAAAAGUUCUUGAUAUUGAAAGAAUAGUGGGCAUUAAGAAGAAUGAAUAGUGAAGACAUUGUUGCUGCCCUCACAAUGUCAACAAACAGUUCCUUUUGCGAAGAGCGAUGUAAAUGGCUACUUCCUUCAGUGUUACUGCUGCUGCCGCCACUGUAGUCAUAAGUGCCAUCCAUGUAACUCUUUGUAUUCGAAUAAAUAUUAUAUACGAUGGUCUUUUAAAAAA